AAGAACAUUAUAUCAACUCUAUAUUAUGUACAUGAAUGCAUUAUAAUAAAUAAAUAAAUAAAUAAAUAUUUAUAGUAUUAUACUAUAAUAUUUAUUUACAGUUUGCGAACAUGUUUAAAUGUAUGUUACUCAAUCACACUGUAACGGCGCCCAAUAACAAUAAAACUUUACCGUCGGUCUAAUAAAAACGGUUUAGCGUUAUGAACGUAUAUUUCUAUUUUUUGUUCAACUCUGUUAUAAUAUUGUCUAAGAGCAACGAUCACUCUGUUUUAAAUUCAAGAGGAAUCGAUCAAGAAAUUGGUGACAAACAAGUUUUGGUUACAUCUACGAAUUGUGAAAAACAGGAAAACCCAUUUAUAGAAAUGACGACAGGGGUCAGUGGAGUCGAUAAAAACACUUAUUCCCAUUUAAAUGAAAAUCUUGAAUUAAUUCCUUACUUGCAAAGAACUCAAAACAACGAUUUGAUUAUUAAAAACAUGGACGAAUUUGUUUUGUUUCGUAGAAAAACUCACUUCAAAGUUCCCGCCUUUAAUGAAUCGAAUAAUACAAUUAGGAACAGAGAUUCUAUUUAUGAAUUUCAUAACGACUAUUUUAAAAAGGAACGAAGGAAUUACGAUUACAUAUUAGAAGAAAACGAAACCAUAGAUUUAUUGAACGAUCCACAGAUACAGAAAAUAUUGAGGAAACAAAAGGAGCUGAUUAAAAAAAUAGAGGAACAAAUGAAAAAUGAAGCGUCGGUGAAAAAUAUUUUAAGGACAGACUUUGAAGAUCUGUUACAAGAAUUGGAAAAUAAGCCUAAACAAGAAAAGGUCGAUACGAACACAUGCAAUAAUGGCACGUUGGACAAGGACAGCUAUAGUAAUCAAAUGAAUAUUACGAGGAGAGUGAAAGUGACAAAAGAAAAGUUAUCAACUGUUAUGACUUUGAUAGAUGAAACGAAAGCGAGGGAGGCUUUAAAAAGAGAUCAGUACGUUAGAAGAAUAUUAAAAAUGGCAAAAAACAAACAAAGGGAAUAUUUGAAAGCAGCUAAAAUAUUUUAUAAUAAAAACUUGGCAUAAUGACUUGUAUUGUUGUUUUGUUUUUCAGUAAUACUAAAUGGCUAACAAGCUGAUAAUCUAUAAAUGCAAAAUAAACAACACCAUAGACACAACAAACUACAUUGUAAUGUCUAUGGUGGCACUCAAGCGUUCCAUCCUUGAAAACCAAAUUUUUCAAUGUAAUUUUAACAUCAAAUUUGUGUUUCGUUUGGCUCCGAAAUUUCGGAAAACAUUUCAUGGUAGGCCCACAUAUACGGAAACUAUAUAGUUAGAAGCGGGCAACGCCGAGGGAAACGAAAUAACAUAUAAAAAGCAUUAUACAGGAUACUUAGUACACUGAUACACGCGAGUAAAGCCGCGGGAUACCACUAGUUAGUAAAAUAAAAUGUAUCGCAAAUAAAUGAGUGAUCUAUUGAUCGGUUCCUUUUGUAAUACCAUGAAAAUGUACCAUAAAUACCAUAGAUUCAAGGUACAUGGUUAGUGUACGAACAAAGAUCAUUGCUAUACAUUGAGAACAUUCAAAUCUUGAAAGGUCAAGCCACGCCUGCGAUGUCCUAAGACUAACAAAAGAUAAGUUUAGAGGGCGCAAUGGAAUAUAAGUCGAAAACGUUUUGGCGGGAAAAUAUUGAGAUGGCUUUGAAAAACAUUGCUUUUCAUUUUCAUUUAAGAGUUUCCUCUUGUCGGUGCAACUAAUUCAUGCAUCUUCCUCCAGCCCGAUAGAUAAUUUAUUUACGUUACUUACAGCACACAAAUUACAAUAAAAAAAAAACAUACACAUAAUACACAAUAAGAGAUAAAAGAAUGAAAAUAAAAAAGCACAAAUAAAAAACAAAAAAAAUUUAAGAAUGCAGUCGCCGAGUAGAUAAAUAUUUAUUUAUUUAUUUGUACAUGUAUGUGUAUAUAUUGCGGACUUAAUGCUAAAAGCAUUCUCUCCCAGUCAACCAUAGGGAAGUGUUAGAAUACUCGAAUGCGGUACUAGUAAUUAUUGAUAUACAUACAUACUAGAAUAAACAUU